GUGUGUGUGUGUGUGUGUGUGAUCAUCGCCAACGACCAGGGCAACAGGACCACCCCCAGCUAUGUGGCGUUCACCGACACCGAGAGGCUGAUCGGGGACGCGGCCAAGAACCAGGUGGCUCUGAACCCCAGCAACACCGUGUUUGAUGCCAAGAGACUGAUUGGAAGAAAGUUGGAUGAUCCAGUGGUGCAGGCUGACAUGAAGCACUGGCCCUUCAAGGUGGUUGGAGAUGGAGGGAAGCCCAAAAUCCAGGUGGAAUACAAAGGGGAGGACAAAACCUUCUACCCCGAGGAGAUCUCCUCCAUGGUCCUGCUGAAGAUGAAGGAGAUCGCCGAGGCCUACCUCGGCCACCAGGUGUCCAACGCGGUCGUCACGGUCCCGGCGUACUUCAACGACUCCCAGCGACAGGCCACGAAAGACGCGGGCGUCAUCGCGGGACUGAACGUCCUGAGGAUUAUCAACGAGCCGACGGCGGCCGCCAUCGCGUACGGUCUGGACAAAGGCAAGAG